ACUCACCAUUUUCUCGUCAUUUGAUCUAUCCCUUUCCAGUGGGUAUUAUACGGCUGACCACCUCCUCCCUUCUGAUUGAACACCUGAAAUUGUCACGAUCUGUCUGUGUUGUGUUUUGUCAUGUCUUUUUCUGUCUCUGGUUUCCUGUUUUACUUUGAAAAGUGUUCACCCGCUGUCUUGUCUGUUGAUUCCUGUCUCUGUGUUUGCCCUCCUGUGUCUGAUUUCCUGAUUGUGUUCACCUUGUGCCCCUGUGUUUUCUCCUCCCUCCUCACCUGUGUCUUGUUGUGUGAUUAGUCUUGUGUGUAUUUAAGUUCUGGUUUUUCUGUCUGUCUUUGUUAGAUCAUUGUUUGUCUUUGACUGUGUCACGUGGUAGUGUUCUGUUUUGGACUUUGUUACCUUGGAAUCUGUUUUGGACUUUGUUACCUUGGAAUAAAGGAAUAGUCUUUGAAAUCUGCAUUUGGGUCCUGCCUGCUUCACUCAACCCUAACAGAAAUGGCGUUAAAUGGUAAAAUCGCCGUAGUGACCGGAGCAGCCCAGGGAAUAGGAAAAGCAAUAACAGAGUUACUCCUGCAAAACGGGGCUGAGGUUGCCCUCUUGGAUACGAAUAAAACUAAAGGGGAGAGUUUGAAGGAAGCCCUGGACCAACUGUAUGGAGAACAGAGUACUCUCUUUCUACACUGCAAUGUUGAAUCAGAAGAGCAAAUCAAAGCUGCCUUUCAAAAAACUCUAGCGACAUUUGGCAGAAUAGACAUCCUGUGCAACAACGCUGGCAUCUUGAAUGAAGUAGAGUGGGAGAAAACUAUCUCCAUAAACCUCGUGGCUGUUGUCAGGUUUACCUACCUGGCUCUGGAGCACAUGAACGAGAUGACUGGAGGUCAGGGAGGGGUCAUCGUCAACACUGCAUCCAUGGCAGGUCUGGGUCCUGCAAAAAGCUGUCCUGUCUAUACUGCCACUAAACAUGGAGUGGUCGGCUUCACUCGAGCCAUGGCUGCUGCCUCUACUGCCGCAGGCUACGGUGUUCGAUUCAACGCCGUUUGCCCAGGUAUUGUCCAAACUGAACUCUUGACAAGCCUGUCGAACAAAUUGGGACAAUUCUCCCAACUGGCUGAAGAAUUCCAAAGAAAUGCAGAAAAAAGCACGUUAACUGUGUCUGAGGUAGCUGAUUGCCUCCUCGAGCUGGUGACGGAUGAGACCAAGAAUGGAGAAGCCUUACAAAUUAGAUGCAAUGGAAAGAAAUACAUGACAUUUCCUGUUUUUACCUAAUGGGUAACUAGGAUUAUACAGUCGGACCAACAAAACAAAGCCCACCAACUGAAUCCUGUAAUGUUUCACACUGCACUAACUGAAUCCUGUAAUGUUUCACACUGCACUAAUCUGCUUAAAAAUGUUUCAUCAUGGUAUAAUAAUCGCAAACAUACUUCACCAGUCAUGUGAAAAAUGAUCUAUUAAAUCCUUACACAUCUGAUCAUAUAUAACAUGUUUGUUUUAAUUGUUUUUUAUAUGUAUAGUCUACAAAAAAUAACAAUCUGAUGUUAUUAAUAAAUGAAUAAAACCUUACAUAACUCUG